CAAACACACACGCACCACGUUUGUUCAUGUUUAAAGUCAAAUCAUGUUUGGCCGCUGUUUGUGGAAAGUCUUCUGAAUAAGCCUUGGACUUUCUGACUGUCAUUCUCCCACACACUACUUGAACUUGUGACGGUGUUGGGCAAGGUUUUUGUCAGUUAGACUACCAAGUAAAAAGCUUACCUGUGGCGGCGCGCAUACUCUGCCUGGCCUGUUUCUGUUUGUGGAAGGAGGGAUCACUACAGUCAGCGUUCUUGAACUCUUCGAUACAAGGGAGCGAAAUCAUUUUGUGGAGAAGACCUAUCGUUAAAAGCAGAUCAUUUCCUAAUCAGGCCUGUUGCCAUCAUAAAUAAAAACGCCCCUUCACUCACCCCCUCUGAAGCCCCUUUCUCCUCCCUGCGUGGUGCCCUGCCCCAUGAUGAGUGUGCAGCCUCGGAGGAUCCGCCUGAAGCCCUGGCUGUUAGCCCAGGUGAACAGCGGGAGGUACCCCGGCUUGCAGUGGCUCAGCCCGGACCACCGGAUCUUCCAGAUCCCCUGGAGGCACGCCACAAGACACCUGCCCACCUCUGAGGAAGAGAACACCAUCUUCAAGGCCUGGGCUCUGGAGACAGGGAAGUACCAGGAGGGUCUGGAUGAGCCGGACCCUGCCAAGUGGAAGGCCAACCUGCGCUGUGCCCUCAACAAGAGCCGGGAGUUCAAACUGAAGUACGACGGCACCAAGGAGACACCCGCCCAGCCCUACAAGAACUACGAGGUCUGUGACCAGCCCUGCAAUGGAGACACAGUUGAUGAAGAUGAGGAGGAGAUGCCGAAUAUUGUUGAUCUCUCCAUUGACCCCAGAAUUAGUGACCCCCGCAUUUAUCAGGCAUUCCCUACCUCACAUAGGAUAGACCUUCCCUUUAGCUCCCCCCUCAAUGACAGAUAUGGCACAUCCUACCACGCCCCUAUGUACCCCAGUCCCAACAUGUACGCCAAUCCCAACGGUGGCAAUACCAUGGCAGCGGAUCUCCCUCAGCUAACCAUGGCUCCCCCAGAGUUUUCUGCCCACGUUCCAUUGGUGGUGAAGUUGGAACAUGGGGUCUUUGUGCACCAUGGACCCGCAGAACCCUCCAGCGGCCUGGGGAUGGGUGGAGGGAGCAUGCAGCCUCCUAUGGUCACUGAGAUGGCCACCAUGGUUCCUUCUGCUGCAUCUGUGGCUCCGGUUGCCCCUAACCCAGGUGCCGCCCCAAUGGAGGCCAUGUCGGGAGUCCAGAACCAGGAAGAAGAGCAGGCGGUGCCACCCUACAAAUAUGACCUGCUGAACAGCUUGCCAUUGACUGACCUAGACAUGAAGUUCCAGUACCGGGGUCGCAAGAUGGGCUCCCUGACGGUGAGUAACCCCCAGGGCUGCCGGCUGUACUACGGCCACUUGGAGCCCACCCCGGAGCAGGUGGACCUGUUCGGCCCUGUCAACCUCAACCAAGUUCUCUUCCCUGGCUCGGCCGACAUCCAAAAUGAGAAGCAGCGGUUCUACACAGAGCACCUGCUGGAUGUGAUGGAUCGAGGCCUGAUCCUGGAGAUCUGGGAGCAGGAUAUAUACGCUAUCAGGUUGUGUCAGUGCAAGGUGUAUUGGUCUGGGCCGGGCGUUGACGAGCAGGGGCCUCCCAACCCUAUGGAGAGGGAGAGGAAGUACAAAGUGUUCAGCCUCAAUAACUUCCUGCACGGGCUCAUCUUGUUCCAGAAGGGUGAAACUCCCACCCCACCCCCGUUUGAGCUCUGCUUCUGCUUCGGGGAGGACUGGCCAGACCAACGGAAACCCAAAGAGAAGAAGCUCAUCGUUGUGCAGGUGGUCCCGGUGGUGGCGCGGAUCCUAACAGAGAUGUUUUCUGGAGAGCUGUCCUGGUCAACAGACAGCAUCCGGCUGCAGAUCUCCAACCCAGACCUGAAGGACCAGACGGUGGAGCAGUUCAAGGAGCUCCAGAGGCUUCUCCAGAGUCAGCACGGCCUGGGAUCCUAACAGGGCUUGUCCUGGAUCAAGGCCUCGACUGCUCAUGGACUAUUAAUAGCACACUGCACUUGGAUUAAUAACCUUAUUCAACAUUUUGUGUGUGGGGAUAUUAGCCUUCUUUCAACCCUGAGCCUAUGGUAGAGCCCUGUAUGUAAUUAAUCUUAACUGGAUCUUAGGCAGAACUACUUGUACAUCAUCAAAACCCAGACUGCUGUAUCCUCUUUUUUUGGUCCCUUAUAUUAUUUUUUUGAAUUUCAAUAAAUACCAUUGCAGUAUUUUUUUUCUAAUGGUUGCAGGUAUUACUCAAUUGUCACUUUAAUUUCUAUCCAUUUUCUUUUGCAGACACCUGCUACUGUACUAGAACCCUGUAACUGAAUGGACACUGGUGCCAAAAAAUGGGACUUAAGCCAUACAUGGAAUGU